CCGUGCCCUAAAUGCUGCGGUUCAACUGUCUCCUCCUCUACAGCGACCACGACUGCGGCGUUUUCCACGGAGAACGGUGCAUGCUGCGGAUUCCUCUCCGUCGGCGAACGGUGACAGCGCCCGCUGAAGCCAUUGAUGUCACCGGCCGCCCGAUUAGUGGGCCGGGCGAGCGAGUUCAACCGGUGCAGCCCAGGCGCCCGCGGUGAUUCAGGUUGCGUCGAGCCCGAGUCAAGUCAAUUUGGACCUCUGGUUCGAUUGAACCAGAUGAGAACGGCAUUCUCAAAAUUCCCACCCAUGCCCUAACUGCAGCGGUCAAACUGUCUCCUCCUAUAUAGCGACCGCGAAUGCGGCGUUUUACUUGGCGAAAGGCGGCUGAAGCGACGGCAUCUUCCUCCGUCGGGCUCUUAUAGCUGCGGCGUUUUCCUCGACGAACGGUGGAUGCUGCGGCUUCCUCUCCGUCAGCGAACGGUACAGCGCCCGGUAUCUCUCUCUUACUCCUCCUCCUCCUCCUUCGCCGUCACACAAUCCCUUCUCCUCCCUCUUCCCCCUUUCGUCGCAGCUCUCCCGAUUCCCCGACACCAUCCUCCUCCACCCUCUUUCACCCGUUCAUCGCAGCCCCCCGCCCCUCUUCCCCGAUCCAUCCCCCUCCUCCACUUCAUCACAGUCCCCGCCCCCCGUUUUCCUACUCCGAUCCCAACGGUCCCCUCUCAGUUUUCCUACUCCGGACCCGACAGCCCCCUCUCCAUUAUCUUGCUCCGGACCCGACAGCGCCCGACAAGCCCCCGUCUCCCUCCUCUACACCCCUCUUCGCCCUCUCUAUACAUCUUCCCGUCCCCUUUCCUUCUCCCUGAUAGUUACCCGCUACCCUCCCAACAAGUAGUCAGCAGCAUGUUUUGAGCAUUUACUUUAAAGAAAUAGCAAGUCACAGUAUGCAAGUUAAAUACUGUUGUUAAGAUAGAAAGCAGGAGAAGUGCUGCUUUUAUAAAGAGCAAAGAGAAUUGGGGAGUCUUAGAGAAAAAUAAAAAAACACGGAAAAGAUAAAACAAGAGAUAGCAGAGACAAUAAUUGGGUCACUGUCCAAAGAAAAUCAUAAUUAUUUGUCAAUAGAAUCAUGCACAAGUCGGACUAUUCCUCAUGUGAAGCAUUUUAAUUAAAAAUAUACCUAAGAUAAUACUAAUUUGACUAGGUUUCCCGAAAGAAGCUCCCUCAACAGCAACUGCUUAUUUUGAUGAAGUGUUUGGUUCAUCAAACCUUUUCAAGCACAUCAGAAAAUUUCAACACAAAACCCCAAAUGUUACAAAGGACUCGACUCAAUCUAAACUACAAGUUGAGUAAACAAAUAGAAUUUGACUUGAUUUCCAAACCUGAAAAUAGACCCAAAAUCUCAAAUGUAUUUGGUUAGGUAUAACCUUACACCUUUAUGUCAGCAUAGUGUGUUCUCUGCUGUAGUGCUGAAAGCAACUAUCUCAGCUACUUGAGGCUUGUUCGUACCUCAAAACACACAGUCCUGCUUAUAUUUGAAUUGUCAGAUCUUGUAUUUGCUGGUUUAGUUGGUGAUUUGAAGGGGCCUUUUCCAGUAACAACAGAAAGAGAUUUGAAUGCUCUUACUUUAACUACAGAUAUUUUCUUAUACAGAGUUCAAUGAUGCAGAAGAUCCAUAUGGCUGAUCAUGAAUAGUUUGGACAUCAUGGCUUUUGUUAUUAUUGUGGUUGUUUGCACUUGCUGGUUUUAUUGGCAAAUUCUCACUGAUCUAGGCUUUUUUUUUCUUCAUUAUUGAUAUUUAGCUGACGCCACAUAUAAUUUUUUUUUACUGUUGUUGAAGUUAUUUACAUGACCAAUCUUUCUCAUAAAUUAAGUUCCUUUAUCAGCAUAGAACCAAAUAAAUCAGUAGCAUUUCUUGAUUGAGGCAGUUUUCUUAUCUCUUUAUUCAUUUUUCAGAAAAUUUAUUGCCUUUCUCUGGUCUUCCAGCUAUGUUGUUUUUUUUUUUUUGUCAAGUUGCUCAUCAUCAUCAACAAUGCCCUUUUUAGCAUGUCGAACCUUACAAAUUACCCUUGUUAAUUAAUUAAACAGUGUCUUCUCUGCUUACCAGUCUUGCUAGACUUUUAACUAGAUCAUCUCUUUACAUUCUUGAUGAAAUGGAUCAAUUACUCUGGUAGAGCUCAUUUGAAAUGUUUCAGAUUUUAGUUGUAGGACAUUAGUGAAUCUGAUGUUAGAGAAAACAUUAUGCAUCUUCCAGUUAUUCUGAAUUUUGUAGUACCAUUUGCAAGUCAUUGAUGUUCAACCUAUAAGUAUAAACUUGAGUAUCGUCUGUAUACGAUCGACAUUGUAAAUGUCUAUGCCACUCUUAUGCAGCAUAUUUGAUGAAGAUACAUUUGAUAUGGUUUUUAAAUUGCUACAGGGAUAUAGGAUGCUUGGUAGUGUCUAAACCCACCAACUACAAUAUAAAAAUAAGUGGAAGAUAGUGUCUGUGCUCUAGUGUUAUAUGAUGCCAGCAUUUCAGUGGUGGAGAAUUGCUCUGAUGUGAGCAUUUGAAUGAGUAACGAAUUAUAGGUACUCGUUAUCAACUCUCAAACACCAUUUAGAGACUUAUCUCUGCAAGAAAUGUCUGAUUGGUGCUGAAUGCAUGUGGAUUAACACGAGUGGUAUAGGAAUGUUGUCUGAGACAGAUGAUUAGUAGAAAGUUUUCAACAUCCUUGAUUUGAGGUAGAAGAGGAAUUUGGACUUGGAGAGGGCAGAUUAAGACUACUUUUCUUGUAUUUUUCUGCAAACAGUACGUGAUACUGCCUCAAAAGACAAUGUUUUUGGUGCAGAAGAGGCUCUUUUGCCUUCUCUCGUGUAACAAGUCCACCGUCCAUGUUUCCUCCUAUCAACUCUGCAGUCUGUUUAGCUUUUCCACUGCCGAAGAGCACAGUUCAAAUAAUGGAUCCAACUUUACGUUGGUCGACCCCCUUGAGUCAUUUGAACUUUCCUCAAAAGAGGCUGCAAAAAGGGCCAAGGAUCGCAUCUGUGAAAAAGAACUUUCAAGUUCAAGUCCUUCCAUUGAGUUCUUCAAGCAGAGCGGUUGGAGUGAUCCACUAGUCAUGAAGCUUUUGCAGAGGGAACCCAGGCUUCUACGUGCUAACGUAGAGACUAUCCUGAAGCCCAGGAUGAGAUCUUUGCAGGACAUGGGAUUUUCUGACACUGAAAUAGUUCAGCUGGUUUCAUCAUCUCCGUGUCUGCUCUAUUUACGUGAUAUCCAACCAAGGAUCGACUUCUGGAGGUCACUACUUGGUUCUAAUGAGAGAUUAAUUAAAGCCAGCAGGAGGAACAUGUUUCUCCUUACUUCUAGCGUGGCUCGAAAGGUUGAGCCCAAUAUAUCUCUCUUGAGGGAAUGUGGCAUCAGUGAGCAAUGCAUCACGCAGAUGUUGGUGGCAGUACCGAGUUUUUUUUGUCGAACGAACAAAUGUAUCGACGAAUCUAUCAAACAUGUUGAGGAGUUGGGUGUGUCACGUGACUGUAAAAUGUUCCCUCAGGCACUUUUAACAGUCAUGACCCUGAGCUGGUCUAGGUUUCAUGCUACUUUUGCAAUCCUGAUGAGCUUUGGGUGGUCCCAACCAGACAGCCUUGCUGCAUUCAGGAGGUAUCCAGUCAUUUGGAAUUACUCAAAGAAGAACUUAUCUGACAAGAUGACAUUCCUGAUGAAGGAAGCUGGUUGUGAGCUGACAUAUAUCAUUGGUCAUCCCGUGCUUCUUACAUAUAGCUUGGAGAAGAGGUUGAGACCUCGAUAUGAAGUUAUGAAUUUUCUUUAUCAGAAUAAAUUGCUGGAUAAAGGACAUGACCUGCUAUCUGUCAUCCUGCUCUCUGAAGAGAAGUUCAGAAACAAAUUCCUUUUCCUGCUACGCAAUGAGAAAUUUAUUGCUCAAUAUGAUUCCUAUGUUGUUGCUGUGCAGGGAAAGCACGAUGUUGUUGCGGUAACCUAGGAUUGCAAGUGCUUCCUUAAGACAAAGUGUAAACCUAUUUUAUGCUGACUGCAACUUAAUCAUUUUACAUUUGUGACGAUUUAAAAUUCUCCUUGAGUUUCUUGGAGUAUAACUUCCCUGUUGA